AUGAGCGCCCCUGCCAGGAACGGCAGUGUGGCCUGAGCAGUCCGAUCCAGCGCCAGUCUCGCCUGCAGGACGUCGCCACACUCUCACAUAACUUAUUUCAGAGCUGCUGCCAUUGGUGCUGUUAUAUCAGCAGAAAACCCCCAAAAAGGGAAAACACAGACACAAGGAGAGGAAGAAGCAGAAAAAGGUAAAGCGAAAAAGGAGAUCGUCAAAUGUAAUGUAACCGAAGAAAAUCUGGAUCAAGAAGUUAUCGGAGGAACACGUCACAUUGUGCAUAUUGCGCAGGACACUGGUCUUUAAGAAGCUGGAUGGGGGGAGUAAGUGAUAAAGACAACUUAAUUACUAAGGAUCCUUAAAUGGACAAGGGAGCUGUUGGAGCUCCAUCAGUCAGUGGACUGACUUAAAUUUUGCGUUAAAGACAUUUGUUUACAAGAAAGAAUACAUCAAGAACAAAGAUCCAGAAAACCUGAGUCCAGAGUGAGCUGUAAAAGGAAAAAGUUAUAUCACUUGACAAAGUGAUAUAACAUGGCAAGUGUUCUCAAUUGUUGAGCACUUGCACUGGUAUAAGCCACAAGGGAUCCUGGUUUCAUUUUGUGUGGUCAUUCUUUCUUCUCAUACAAAAUAUAUUGCUGAACUAGGAUACCGUCAUCUAGAAACUCGACUGCAUCUAAACUUCAGCGUGACACAUUUUGGACACCGAAGACUGAUAGAAACCGCGUUUUAGACAGUUGUCGUCACGUUCUACUGAGAUGAUCCAUAACACCUUAAGGUCCACACAGCCCUUGGAGCGAAGUCCCAGAAACACAAACUCUGGUUUGUCCAGGAAGCUGUGGAGGUACUCAGGCUGCAGGGGGGCCAGCUCGGCUGAAGGUCAACGGAGGAGUGUGUGUGUGCUAACUGCAGAACUGGAUGCAGAACGGCGAGGUGGAGGCGUUGUAAUGCACACUAUCCAUGGGCUCUGUCAUCUCUGCAUUGGCUGUAAGCUGCCUCAGGUAACCAUCCUUCGAGGAAAGGAUGGCUAUGGCUUUACGAUCUGCUCUGAUUCCCCUGUAAGAGUCCAGGCUGUUGACCCAGGGGGUCCAGCAGACCAGGCAGGUCUGCAGCAGUUGGACACUCUCUUGCAGCUCAAUGGCCAGCCAGUGGAACAAUGGAAAUGUGUGGACCUUGCCCAUGCUAUCAGAAACAGUGCCAACGAGAUCACGGUGGUGGUGUGGCGCACAGGUCAAUCAGCAAAGCCCAACUUUGAUGGUCUCAUCCAUAGACCUUCCUACAAGCCCUCCACAUCUAACUAUGAUGCCCCCUCUCCACCCACCCGUAAGCGGGGAACAGAUGCUGGCACCAGCAAGACCCCACCGGCUGUGCCACCUCUACCGGCCCACCACUGCACUACUACCACCCGCAGGCUGCUCGCAAAUGGGUCUGAAGCUGGUGUUAGUAGUGGGGUUGGUGUAGGCCUGGGGUGGGGGCCCCGGGUGGGGUCAGCUGAGGAGCUGGACAGUAAACCCCGAGGACACCUCCAUCACCCUCACACUGCCACACUGAAAGGCACCAGGGUGAAGGCCUCAAAUGGGGACAACUACAUCAUCCUGGCCCCCAUCAACCCUGGAAGCCAGAUUUUGAGGCCUGUCUACCAAGAUAACCAGGGCACACUAGCUGCCAGGUUGUACCCCACAAGACAAACUACUGUGCCACAGCCCCAGGGUGGUGGUGUUGGUGCCUUUUCAGGGACUGGUGGGGUUGGCGGAGGGGGGGUUCUCGCUAGCCGUACAUCCUUCUUACGUCGCUCUGCAAACUCCAAGACAUUAAAAACCACCACCAAUACCACCACUGCCAGUCCACCCAGCUACCAAUCACAGAAUGCCAACUUUGCCAAUUACCAGAACUGCACCAUUGUUCGCUCCCACACACCCCACGCCAACUAUGGCUAUGUCAAAGUGGCACCCAAAAUACUCAUCUUCCCUAUCUUUGUUCAGCCCCUGGACCUGUGCAGCCGAACACUCAUCAUAUCUGAGGAGAUGAUUCUACAUGAGAGCAAGCACCACUCUCUCAAGGUGACAGUGUUUGUAUACACUGACCUGAUGCUGGUAACCAGAGAAGAUGAACCAGGCAGGUGUAAUGUGCUUCAGAGCCCCCUUUUCCUGCGACAGCUACGACUGCAGGAUGCUGAGCCCCAGACAGCAAAUUUGAUCUUUUCCAAUUUCAGAAAUGACAUUAAGUCCCAUAGCCAGGAUGUGUUUGAGGGGAAGUGUGACUGCCUGCUUAGUCUAGAAGCCUACUCGGUGGACCAGAAGCGACGUGUUUGUCAGUGUCUGAAGGACAAUAUUGACAAGCAACUCCAGCUUCAAAGAAGAGAGCCGAUUGCUCCACACUUUGAGCAGAUGUUGGAACCAAAAGUGGACGUCCCUUCUUGUGAGUUGGGCAGUGGAGUGGGAGAAGAUCUUGGAGGAGUGGGCGGCCUCAACCUGCCUCCGCGUAGCUCAGAGGGUGAGGAGAGCAGCCUGUAUCCCUCCAGUCCCUCAGAGCCUCCAACCCUUGGCAGCCCCCAUCCUUCCGAACCACUCACCCCUCUGGAAGAGGUCUAUACUCCCCUCGGAGGACUGGGAGAAUUAGAGGAUCAUCACAGGGUCCCUCCCACACCACCACCUUCCACUGAGGGUGAAGACUCCAAGAGCAUGGAGGGCACUGAGAUGGAAAUCUGGAGAGAGGGUAAAGAUGAGGAGAAGAUGGGAGAGGUUCUAGAAGAAGAGGAAGAUGGGAAUAUAAAAAGUAUUGGGAGUGAAGAGAUAGAGAAAGAUGAGGGUGGAGUGGAGGAGGGAGAGGAAGAGGAAGAGGGUGAGGAAGAGGAGCCAAACUUGAAUCAAGCAGUGGUGACCACAGAUGAGGACAAUGCCUCCGAAGCGCCCGACACUAAUGCGCCUCCCUCCUCCUCCUCAUCAUCCUUCGUCAUCCCCGAGCUGCGUUUGGACCGCUCUUUCAGUGCCGAUGCCCUCUCCUCCCCUAACACCGAUGAAGAAGAGUAUGACGAGGAUGAUGAUGAGUCAGAAGAGGACGACGAUGAAGACGACAGUGAUGAUGCAUACCUGCAACGUAGCGACAGCAAACGCCGCAGUAUGGUCGAGGGUGCCACCUGCGAGAAGCACGGUGGAGGGGGUCUAAGUGUGCAGAAUUCUCUCCGCAGGCGUACCCACAGUGAAGGUAGCCUCCUGCAGGAUCCCCGCACUCCCUGCUUCACCUCUGACAAUGCCAUCAACUGUCUGGAGGCUGGGGGAGCACAUCACAAGGGCGGCUGGACACUUCCAUCGCCCAAGACCCUGAAGAAGGAACUGACCAAGAACGGAGGCUCCAUGCAUCAGCUUUGCAUGCUGUUUUCUGGAAGGAAGCUGAGCGUCGGAUCUCCCUGUAGCUGUGAAGUUGGCCCUGACGGGACCAAGAAGAAGAAAUCCAAGAACCUGGCCAAAGACAUGAAGAAUCGGCUGGCUUUCCUGCGGAGGAGGAAUGAAUCACCAGGAAGUAAUCCAGCCAGCAAGUUGGAUAAAACAAUGAGGUCAGUCAAGCCCACCCCGGAGGAGGCACUCAAAUGGGGGGAGUCGCUAGACAAGCUGUUGGUACACAAAUAUGGUCUGGCAGCAUUCAGAGCUUUCUUGCGCACAGAGUUCAGUGAGGAAAACCUGGAAUUUUGGCUCGCCUGUGAAGACUACAAAAAGAUCAAAUCACAGUCCAAGAUGGCCUCUAAAGCCAAGAAAAUAUUUGCAGAAUACAUUGCCAUACAGUCUUGUAAAGAGGUAAACUUGGAUUCAUACACCAGAGAGCACACCAAGGAAAACCUGCAGAAUGUGACUCGCUCCUGCUUUGACCUAGCACAGAGAAGGAUAUAUGGGCUGAUGGAGAAGGACUCGUACCCGCGUUUCUUGCGCUCAGAACUCUACGUGGACUUAAUCAACCAAAAGAAACCCAGCUCCACUUCCACUUCCUCUUCAUCAUAAGAGCACUGAAGACAAAAAAAGGAGUGCUUGCUAAGAGAUGAUGAUGAUGAUAAAAGAAACAUAAGGAUUUGAGACUUGAAAAAAAAAUAACGGGGUGGGGGGUUGACAUCUCCUUGUUUGCCUUUUUUUCUUUUUUCUUUUUUUGCCAUUCCAUCCACUAUAAUUUUUGUUGUUAUGGUGUGAGAGGAGACGGCAAGGCUGUGGCACUGCAAAGGAAUGUUGUUUACACAAUGACCGGGUGGAUGCCUGUAUGGAUGGAUAGCUAGAUGAAUGGAUGUAGGAAAGAUACAGCGGCCCGUGAGUGAGGGUCACAACAGGACCUGGACACUUCUCUUAUCACUGUUAUGUUUUGGUUGCAGUCUCUUGUCAAAAAUUGGCAAUUUUGUCUGUAUUUAACUUGUCCAGAUAUACUGUAGAAAAGAGAAGGGGGGGAGGGGGGAUGCAGAGAUACCAUGCAGAUUUGAAGACAGUCCGGUACUGUUUUUUCACUUUCCCCCCCUUUAUUUUCUCUUAGAACUCCCCCUUUCACUCCUUUCUUUCCCCUCUACCAACUCUAUCCUUGAAGCCAGUUAAAAGCUGUUGGUACGACAGAGACAUGUGUGUGUGUGUGUGUGUGUGUGUGUGUGUGUCUGUCUGUGUGUGUGUGUGUUUGUUUGUGUGUGUCUGUGUGUUUGUGUGUGUCUGUGUGUGUCAUUGUUCACGAAUAUAUUUUUCAUUGGUCUCCAAACUGUCUCCUAGAGGGGAAAAAGAAAACGUCUUAGGUAAUGUGUGAAUGACUGGAUGGAAACUAGAAUUAUGGUUCUGUUUCACACACUUGUCGUUUAGCGGAAGCACACAUGCAAAUUACACGAAUGCACCUCUGUCAAACACUGCAUCUACCCGUGGACCUUUUCCAAAGGGUUCCAGCUUAUUGCAAUUAUCCGAAGUUUAAGAUGUGAACUGAAAACAUGGGUGGAAAAAUUCAACGUACUUUUGGAUGGACUGACAAUGUGAUGAAACACGAAGGCGUGUCACUCUUACAUUAAAAUAUCUCAGUAAUGAAAAGGACUCUCUGCCCGUCUUCAAAGAUUGUUAGCGGCAAAGAAAGGACAGACGAGAAAGGAAAGGCUUGAAAGUGUUCCGUAGAGCCGAACAGCAUUUCCUUUGACAUUGCCGCUCGUUCUGGAGUGAAGGAGGAAGCAUUCUCAGGACAUCAAGGCACUCAGCUUUGAGGGUUCCCAGCUUGGUUUUAUGUCAUCAAUGUUUCCUUAUUUUUACAUAUUAAAUGUUUUAUACACUUUAGGUUCAAAUCUGCACUCCAUAGGUAUAUGUUGAGCAGUACGUAGGAAUUGCUCAUUUCAUAAACAUUAAAAUAGAGAUAAUAACGCUUCAUGUUAUACAAAGGUUUGCCUAUUUAUUUAGACUAUCUUGCUGAAUGCUUUUACCCCAUCCUCACCUUCACCAAGGCACUCAGCUGAACGCUCUCACUUCCCUCUUAACCACCAAACAAGUUCAAUGCUGUCCUGAACUUUAAGUGCAAUAUUUUUUUAAAUAUUAUUAUUAAUAUUAUUAUUAUUAUUUUGAUGUUCAUUUAUUUGAGUAAUGUUCAAUUUGUAUGAGGAAGACCAAUGGCUUGAGCUUUUUAUUAAUUCUACUUAAGAAAAAAUACCUAGAGCUAUAAGGUUGACUUACAACUUAAAAGUAAAAACCAUGAGUAGUUCCAUGAAUUUUAAGUGAGUAAUUCUAACUGUGUGUAUACCCCAGCAGCAGGCAGCUGGGGCAUUGUGGAUGUAAAUAUAAUUCUUUAAGAAAACUACGAGAAAAAGACAUUUAAAAAAACAACAAAAAACAAUAGGUCUCUACAACUAAUAAGUGUGGGACCUGGCUGUAUCUAUGUAAAUACAAGAGACUCAGAGCUAUAAGAUGACUUGUAUUAUUAUAAAAGAAAAAUUAGGUGAGCAAGGGCAGGUACAGUCCGCCCUUUUCCCUGGUCAUACACUACUUGUAAGGAGUUUAAUAAAAUGCAUUUCAUCAUUUUCACUGUUUACAAUUCAAAACGCAUCUCCUAUGUUAGCAAGCAAAGAAGAAAGUAGAGUACAAUUGUUGUCAUUGCGAAUGAUAAAUAAAACAACCAACUGGUGGAAUAAAUCCUGUCUGAUUUUUUUUUACUUUCCAAAGUGUACUGUAACGUGCAUGGAUAAGUAGACACGUUAGCCCUUGGCUAACGGGUCGGACCCUUUAGUCGACUGGUUAACGUUGUCG